AAGAAACAAAAAAGGACCGGAACAGACAACUACCUCCACUGCUUCAUCCUUGGCUGUCAAAAGCAAAAAAGGCGACCACAGUAGUUCCUCGUCGGGGGAAGAAGGUGAUGUUCUUGGGGCAACUACUUCAGCUGGUGGGGGUUCAUCUUCGAAUGCUAGCGGAAGCUCGUCUUCAAAUGCGGCGUCUAGUUCAGAAAGUUCUGAUGAAAAUGUUGAAGGAGGUACUGCAACUACUAUGAUGGCAUUAAGGAAUGCAGCAGCGCAUGGACCAUCAGGAAAUUCAACUGCAACGUCUUUUACUGCUGCUAAUAGGCGCCCGGUCGUGCCAACAUCCAUUUCCACUGCCGCUGGAGGUGUUAGUCGAGGAACCGCGCCCGUUCCUCCUCGCAGAGCACCGCCUUCUUCCAGCUCUACUACUGUCAGACCACAAGCAACACGGGCAAGACCUGCCGCACCUAGUGCUGCUACCCCCGCAUCUUCAACAACCCAACAGCCACCCCACCAGACGGUUAGCAAUACUAUCGGCACAGCCAUCAGGAGUCUCUUCGCGUCGCCGUUUCUUGGGACAACUUCCACCUCUUCUUCCUCUUCUCAGCAGCAGAGCAACACAAGACCUGCCAGUGUCUCUACUAGACCUGCCAGUCGUGUCUCUACUAGACCUGCCAGUGUCUCUACUAGACCUGCCAGUGUCGCUACUAGACCUGCCACUGUCUCUACAACUAGUGUGCGAAGACCGCAGUCUUCAUCUGGCUUCAACUCUACUACUAUUACAUCUGCAGAAGUCCCAGUUAGAAGUCGCAGUAGAAUUCUCGAUACGAACAGAGGUGGACAGGAAGUGCCUAGUCGCGGGACAGCAGCUAGGAGUGGUCCCGGUACAAGUUCUAGUUCAACAACUGCAGCACCACCUCCUCCUCCCGCAACAGCUUUCUCGACCUCGUCAGAAGCUGAAUCAAGUUCUGCGACUUCCGUUUCCCCAUCCAAAAGUCGAGGACGACAUGUCACAGGUGCCCUUGAGGAGCGGAAGAGGUCAAAGAAGUGAAGAUGUUGAACAGUAGAAUCAUGUGCAUAUUACUAGUAGUGGAUACUUACAAAGCAGAACUUUUUGAACAGAAGUUGAAUAGUGAUGUCAUAACUUCAUUGCAAGAUGAAUCUAGAGUACGAGUUCAUGUCCACAGUGUAACGAAAUGUUCAUGCAAUCGUGCAAGUUGUAUUAAGUACUGAUAGAUAGUAUCUUCAUCGAAUUCGAAUUUGUUCCAUUUCCACCAAGCAACCUCCUUUUUCCGAGAACAUGACAAGUCAACAAGGACGAAGUAUGUCCAUGUGGGUGACCAAGAAACUAUGGUGCACUACUGCCACUAGAUGGCUGGUGACCAGUCAAUAUGUGAUCAACGUCACAUCGACGAACUGACUUUUUCUACAAGACGAAGGAACCUUCGCCGUAUCUAUAGGCUUUUGCGUAAGUAGCUGCUUCGUUCGUUUUUC